AUGAACUUUAGUGCUCAGACUUUCUCAGUAGUUGACACAAAAUCAGGUCUACCAAUGUGUAGUCCUGAGCCAGAUCCAGGAAGUAGGAGAGAUACAAGGGAUGAGGAUAUAGUGGAUUACACAGAUUAUAAAGGACAUGGCCAAGAUGGACCUACAGAUCGUGAAUCUAGAUGUGAACCAUGUUUCCAUAAAUUAGACACAAUAAUGAUGGCCUUACAAUUCCUGUGUUUCAUAGUCUUCUCUAUAACAAUCCUUCUUAAGUAUCUGCAAUUGCGGAACAAAGAAAAAUUCAUAGUGACUGGAUUGACUAGGCCAGUCUUGACUUCAUUGGGUGGAACUUUGGAAAUCAGUUGUCAGUUGUCUCCACCACAACAUGCACAGCACAUGGAGAUUCGCUGGUUCAGGAACCAUUAUACACAGCCAGUGUACCUGUACAGGGAUGGUAAAGACCUGCAUAGAGAAACUAUCUCCAAGUAUGUGGAGAGGACUGAACUCCUGAAAGACGCCAUUGGGAAGGGGAAAGUGACCCUCAGGAUCUUCAAUGUGACUGUUGAUGAUGAUGGGCCAUACCGCUGCUUCUUCAAAGAUGGUGAAUUUUAUGAAGAGCACAUCACAGAGGUCAAGGUCACAGUCACGAGCUCAGACAUACAGAUUCUUAUGCAUUCCCCUAAUACCAAAGGUGUGAUGUUGGAGUGUCAUUCGGGAGGUUGGUUCCCACAGCCUCAUAUGGAAUGGAGAAACAGCAAAGGAGAAAUCAUUCCAGCAACAUCAAAAUCACAUUCACAGGAUGGAAACAAAUUGUUCAACAUGACAAUGGCCCUUUUUAUUGAAGCCAAUUCCCACAGGAAUGUCACUUGCUAUUUUCAAAACUGUCUAACUCACCAAGAAGAAAGCAUAAGUAUUGUCCUAUCAGGUGAACUAUUUUCAUGGAAAUGUGUUUGGAUGUGGAUUAUGAGUAUGAUAGCAUCCGUGCUGAUAGCCUUCCUUGUGACAUACUGUGUUCAGCAAUAUCUCAUAUAUGGUAUCUGCUCUGAGAGAUUUUCUUAUUUGUUAAAGGGCUCAGUGCUACUCAUGACUUCAGUGCUUGCAAUUAUGGGAGUAAUGCUCAUUUUACAUCUAAAACAAAGAGUCACAGUUUCAGAUCCUCAUUUUGAAUUGGACACUUUGUGGUUAGAAGAUAUUAGUGUGAUCCUGUGUAUGCUGAUAGGGUUCAUCAUUAAGCUUGCUUCAUUUAUUUACUUCAGACUGUAA